AUGUCUUACAACUUUGGUAGAGCUAAAUUUACGGAUUUCCUUAGGUUUGGAAGUAGAUUAAAGGGUCAUAUCUUUCAUAGUUAUCCUUUUGAAGCUGGGAAAAUUAGAAAUAAGACAAUUGUGUUAAGCUCAUCUAAUAUCACUAAUAGUGUUCUUUUAACAACAUUUGCGUUGUCUCCGCUAAUUUGGUAUAAUACCAUAAAUAAUGAUGCUCUUAAUUCACCUGGGUUGGAAGAUUCCAUCAAUGUAUAUUAUUCCAUUACACCAUUUCCACUUAAAUACGGUCCACCGGAUAGACCUUUAAAAGCUACAUAUACAAUUCUGGGCUAUGGUAUAAGGUCGGUGACCUUCCUAAAGUUCAAGGUAUAUGCGUUAGGUAUAUACGCAUGUACCGAAGACAUAAAUCUCAUCCAAAAGGUAUUUAAUUCAGACUUCCUCUCUGAGGUUACGGGAAUUGAAAAGACUGCUUCGCUGAAAGAAAUGGCAAAGAAAGCGUUAUCCGAUCCAGCGCAGUCUAGGGUUCUGAUAAAUAAAGUUUUAAGCAAUGGGAUGAGAUUGGUUGCCAAAAUCAAACCAAUCAGGGAUACAGACUUGAACCAUUUGAAGGAUGGAUUGGUUAAGUCGAUUUCGAACCACCCUGACAGCAAAGAUUUUCGAGCAGAACUAAAAAGAGGAUUGCAUCAGCUGAAGACAACUCUGAGGAAAAAACGAGGGAAAGUUCCUAAGGAUGAUGAAUUUAUUAUUGAGCUACAGGCAAAUGGUAACUUGAACUUCUAUCAUUAUAUAAGAAAGAAUGGUGUAACGGUUGAAAUUGGUACUGUCACAGAACCGAUAAUAGGCAGACUGUUGUUUGGACAAUACUUAAGUGGUCCCCGGCCUUUAAGUGAAGAUACUAGGGAGUCUGUGGCUAAUAAAAUUGUUAAUAUGCUCUAA